AUGACGGAAACUUACCAGUCUGCCAUUGUCUCAGACGACAACAGCGCUUCAAAGAAUAUUCACAACCUUUACAGUAGGGUCGAUCACUCUUUUGCCAUCAAAGGAAAUUCCCAAGGAAAACCCCUCGUCUCCUCAUGGCUUCCCACCAUCCAAGACACACUCUCCUCACUCCUACGAUGGACGGGCUCCUACCCGGACGAUUUGCGGGAGCACUAUCUCAAGUUCGCGCGUGAUGUUGUGGUCCCCCGUCUCAACCCGCCUCGCGCGGCCGACUGGCCGCACUAUAUCGGGACGCACAAUCAUGGGCCAUACGAGAUAAGCAUCGCCUUUGCACCUCAGAAAAAGGCCAAAGUUCGGUUUUCAAUACAGCCGCUGGCUGCUAGCGAUGCGGGCAAUGACCCCCUCGGGCAGAAGGAUCUACGCAAGAAAGUCGAGGAUCUGGCGUCUGCGUGCCAUGCAGACCACAAGCGGCUCAAUGCCUUCAUCGACUCAGUCUUCCUCACUGAUGAGGAGCAGGCCGGCCUACUCGAGAAGCAUGCCAAUCGCGGCGAUGCGGUUGCUGUGCUGCCGCAGCAAAACUGUUUUAUUGCUUUCGAUCUCGAGCCCGUUGAUAAUGGAAGCCCGUCUAUUAACAUGAAGCUGUAUCUGUUUCCACAGCUCAAAGCUCUUGCGACAGGCCGGGACCUAAUGGACGUCACAGAGUCCAUUCUGAUUCGACUUGCCGAUGGUGAUAAGGCACUACUAGCAUCCUGGGAAUCGGUUCGAACGUUUCUCACCUCUGAUGGCAAGGAGAACCUCUUGCAUUUCCUUGCCAUCGACUGCCUUGGGCCACAUAUGAAGCCUCGCUUCAAGGUCUACACCCACACACACGUCAACUCGCUCGCCUCAGCCCGUCAUGUAAUCACCAUGGGCGGUCGCAUCCCCUCACCUAAAUAUCUCAAUACUCUCUGGCCCCUCCUUAUGGAUAUGGAAGACGUUUCUCUGGCUGAUAGGGAAGGGCUGCAAAAGCCGCUCCGCGAACCGAAUAGCAAGUACUGUGGACUCAAUCCCACCUUUGAGCUGGUGCCAGGCAACGCAGUCCCGGUAGUCAAGAUGUACGUGCCCAUGUGGCAGUACGCGCGCGAUGAGCCUGGGAUCGUGCGGCGCUACCAGCGCUUGCUACAGACGCAGGGUCUGGGGCACUACGAUAUUGAAGAUGCUGUUCAAUGCGUAUUCGGUGAAGAAAGGGACACAAGCCUGCAUAACAUGGCAUCGAUUGUCUCUGCUAGAGAUGGAGAGAGUGUAGCGUUUACCGCCUACCUUGGGCCAAGGUUCUGGGAGUAACUACUUUAAUAUGUAAGCUUGAAAACGGUAUCCUAGGAGUUUUCUGUUUAUUCUUGAGUUGAUCAAACGGGAGUGUUUUGCUUCUAUUGUUGAAUGCGCUUCCAAAGUAAAGUGUAUAUAGUUUGCUCUAAGGUUAUUGGAUAUGAUGUCCGCCCUUGUCAACAUACAUUUACGCAUGAGGUCAAGGCUUAGUUCACAUCAAGUCUACAAAAACCUAACUUACAGUAUCUGCAACAGUCAC